AUGGGCCAUCUGGUGACUCUAGCAACAUGCUCCCUCAAUCAGUGGGCUCUCGACUUUGAGGGCAACGCAGAGCGCAUUAUUGAAAGUAUCCGACAGGCUAAAGCUGCCGGCGCUACCCUGCGUGUUGGUCCGGAGCUUGAGAUUACCGGAUAUGGCGUUCUCGACGGAUUCCUUGAAGGUGAUACCUUUUUGCACUCUUGGGAGAUGCUCGCCCGCAUCAUCGACCACCCAGAUUGCCAGGACAUUGUGGUCGACGUGGGGCUGCCAGUCCGUCACCGGAACGUGCGCUACAACUGCCGAGUGAUUUUCUAUAACCGGAAGAUCAUCUUGAUCAGACCUAAGAUGUGGCUUGCCAAUGACGGCAACUAUCGCGAGCACCGACACUUCACACCUUGGCAGCGUCCACAAGAGGUGGAGGAUUAUUAUUUGGAAUCAAUUGUUGGAAAGAUCACCGGGCAAUACAAGGUGCCCUUUGGUGAUGCGGUUAUUAGCACCAGAGACACUUGUCUUGGUCUUGAGACUUGCGAGGAGCUGUUCACUCCAAAUGGCCCUCACGUGCCCUACGGUCUCGCCGGAGUCGAGAUCAUCUCCAAUUCUUCUGGCAGCCACCACGAGUUGAGGAAACUUGACACCCGUGUGAACUUGAUCACUCAAGCUACGAAAUUGAGCGGUGGUAUCUACCUCUACGCGAACCAGCAGGGAUGUGAUGGCGAUCGCCUGUACUAUGACGGAUGUGCCAUGAUUGUCGUCAAUGGUGAUGUUGUUGCUCAGGGCUCUCAGUUCUCGUUGAAUGACGUUGAAGUCGUUACUGCUACAGUAGACAUUGAGGAAGUUCGAACCUACCGCUGCAGUGCCAGCCGUGGCAUGCAAGCGAGCAAACAGUCGCCCUAUGUCCGUCUGGAUCUCGAUAUCAGACUUUCUCGCCGCGGCGAAGAUGCUGAGCCUAGUUUGGCCACUUCACAGCCCAUCAAGCCUCACUUCCAUGCUCCCGAGGAGGAAAUUGCCCUGGGCCCCGCUUGCUGGCUGUGGGAUUAUCUUCGGAGAUGCGGUGCGGCUGGCUUCUUCCUACCUUUGAGUGGUGGUAUUGACAGUUGCGCUACUGCGAUCAUUGUACACUCCAUGUGCCGUGAAGUCCUCAAGGCGGUUCGUCAGGGCAACGAGCAAGUCAUCAAGGAUGUCCGUCGUCUUUGCGCGAAGCCAGCGGACUCAGACUGGCUUCCUACUACCACCCAGGAGAUUUGCAAGUGUAUCUUCCACACCAGCUACAUGGGCACACAGAACUCGGGCCAUGAGACACGAGACAGAGCGACUCGACUGGCUGGAGAUAUUGGGUCCUACCACAUUGACUUUAACUUUGAUACUGUCAUCACCUCCAUCAUGAAUCUCUUCACGGUGAUUACCACCUUCCAACCCCGAUUCAAGAUGCACGGCGGCUCCCCUGCUGAGAACGCCGCUUUGCAAAACGUGCAAGCCCGUCUCCGCAUGGUGCUGUCAUAUCUCUUUGCUUCAUUGCUACCCACAGUCCGCCAGCGCCCCGGAGGAGGUGGUCUGCUGGUUCUUGCCUCCUCGAACGUCGAUGAAUGUCUUCGAGGCUACCUCACCAAGUACGACGCCAGCUCUGCGGAUCUCAACCCCAUCGGAUCCAUCAGCAAGGUUGAUCUGAAGAAGUUCAUUUCCUGGUCCGGCGAAAGCUUCCAGCUUCCUAUCCUCGAGGAAUUCAUCAACGCAACACCCACAGCCGAGCUGGAACCUAUCACCCAUGACUAUGUUCAAUCUGAUGAGGCCGAUAUGGGUGUCACAUAUGCCCAACUGGGUGUCUUCGGAUACUUGAGAAAGGUUUCCAAGCUGGGCCCCUACUCUAUGUAUGAGAAGCUCCUUCAUCUGUGGGGCAACGAGUACAGUCCUCGUGAGAUUUAUGAGAAGACAAGACACUUCUUCUACUACUACUCAAUCAACAGACACAAGAUGACUGUGAUCACACCCAGCUACCAUGCUGAGCAGUACUCUCCUGAGGAUAACAGGCACGAUCUUAGACAAUUCUUGUAUCCCCCCUUUACAUGGGCUUAUAAGAAGAUGGAAGAUAAUGUGAAGUAUUGGGAAUCGAAGGGGUGGACUACUGCCAAGGGGCAGAAGAAAAGCGUCAAGGCUGAUUAG